AUACCCUUCAUCCAAAUCACAAUCAACAGCCUCAUCAAACCAGGUGCCACCCAGUCGUGCUUUAUUCUUCUCUCCUCUUCCCUUCAGGUUUUAUUUAAUGAUUGCACACUUUCGCAGUUUCGAUUAGCCUCCACCGGAUUCGUUAUCGAAGCUUCUCUGCCUGCCAGGGUACUUGUAAACAAAUCGACACUCGAUUAUAGGAGCAUCAUAGUAUUGGAGAAUGGUCCAAAGGCAUGGAGCUCAGGAAUGUGCAUGAUUUACCAUGUUGCAGUGCUUAGACAGGAUCAAGCAUUUAUGUGCUUUGGUUCUUCAAUGUUGCGAGCAUGACCGGCAAUCGAGGGGCCUUGAGGAUCCCGAGAUUCUUGCACGAGAGACUGUUUUUAGUGUGAGUGAAAUCGAAGCCCUUUAUGAGCUUUUUAAGAAGAUUAGUAGUGCUGUGAUCGAUGACGGGCUGAUCAACAAGGAGGAGUUUCAAUUAGCAUUGUUCAAGACGAACAAAAAAGAGAGUUUGUUUGCUGACCGGGUAUUCGACUUGUUCGACACAAAGCAUAAUGGAAUUCUUGGGUUUGAGGAAUUCGCCCGCGCUCUCUCUGUGUUCCAUCCUAAUGCACCCAUUGAUGAAAAGAUUGACUUUUCUUUCCAAUUGUAUGACCUCAAGCAGCAAGGCUUUAUCGAAAGGCAAGAGGUAAAACAAAUGGUGGUUGCGACUCUUGCUGAAUCCGGUAUGAAUUUGUCGGAUGAAGUUAUCGAGAGCAUCAUAGACAAGACAUUCGAAGAGGCCGACACAAAGCAUGACGGGAAAAUCGACAAAGAAGAAUGGAGAAGCCUUGUCAUGAGGCACCCGUCCCUUCUGAAGAACAUGACUCUUCAAUAUCUCAAGGACAUAACGACUACAUUCCCGAGCUUCGUAUUUCAUUCGAGGGUCGAGGAUACCUGAGGAUGGAUGGGGGUGUGGUGUUGUUUGCUUGUAAAUCCUUAAUUUGUUUCGUUCCUAUUUGUACUAAAAUUGGUUUAAGUUGCUGUGGUGUUUGUUUUUUUGCCUUAAGGUUUGUUCUCUUUGUGUAAUUUGUGCUGGGAAACUUUGCAUUGGUGUUUUGUUUUGGUUUUUUAAAGAUACUCCGUGGAAUGAUAUUUUUAUUCGGAGCA